GGCAAAUACAGCUUCUACGGUAGGAUGUCAAUCAAAUUUCACUUGUCAACUCAGCGGAACUCUGUAAGCGUCAUGCUAAUGUAAUCAUAGAGGGCUUUGGAUAUGAUUGGUUAAUGUGUGAAAGACAAGUUAUCCACACGCACAUUUCAGUCGGUAGAAUGCAUGUCACUCUUUUGGUGUGGCCUACAUAUCAUUUACAUACAAUUAGGGGACGACAAAACCCGGAAAACAGCCUGACGGACAAAGUGACCCUCAGUGACCUGUUGUUUUUCGUGCGGCGAACACGCGCGAUUUCCGUGCACUAGCACAGUCGGUCCCUUGUAGUUUCGCCACGAUGGUACAGUGUAGUAUGGUAGAAGAAGGCGCGAACUUUCUCCUUCUGUGCGCUAUUUUCGCCAUGAGUAUCUACCUGCUGUGGCAGCACUUCAACCCCCCUGGCCUUCCGCCGGGGCCCGCGGGCUUCCCCGGGAUAGGCGUCCUGCCGUCGCUCGGGCCGACCCCGUACAAAACCCUGAUGGAGCUCUCCAAGACUUACGGUGACGUCAUGAGCCUCCGCCUCGGCCCGAGCCUGGUGGUCGUGCUGACCGGACGGCGGGCCAUGACUGAAGCACUGGUCAAGAAAGCGGACGUUUUCUCGGAUAGGCCACCUAUGGGGCUACUCAACCUAGUCCACAAGGGACGAGGGCUAAUGGUUGCGAAGUACGGACCGAAGGUACACGGUUUCCGCACGCUGUUGUUGGGGACGUUCCGCCGGCUCGGUGUGAGUACCCCUCGGGUGGAUGGGCUCCUCAGGCCCGAGCUGGCGGCCCUGGUCGCUGCGAUGGACCAGCAAGCCGGGCAGCCCACGGACCCGAAGGCACUUCUCAGCGUCAGUGCCAGCAACAUGAUAUGUACCCUCGCUUUUGGGAAAAGAUUCGAUUAUGAUGACGUAAACUUUCAAAAGUUCUUGGGAAAACUGCACAACAUCUUCGAGAUAUCGUCCUCUCCUCUGGGCUUCCUGAUCCUACACAUCCCGGCAAUAGUCAACCUGCCGAUCUCCGCCAUCAAGGACACCAUAUCUGACUGUAACUUCAUGCUCGACUUUCUUCGCGCCAUCGUGGACGAACGCUGGCUCGCCCUCGAGGCGCGGCGCCGAAGUGAACCGAACAUUUCCGAGUGGGAAGAACCCUCCGACCUCCUUGACGGCUAUCUACGCAAGAUCGGAGGCGAAGACGCCGUGGGGAUGUCGGUGAGUAAAGAAGACAUCGCGCACCAUUUCUUGGACUUGUUCACCGCCGGCACCGAGUCGGUCAGCCACUUUCUACAAUGGGAACUGCUAUAUCUCACGACGCAUCCCGAAGUCCAGGCGAAGGUACGCGAGGAGCUCGAUCGGGUCGUCGGACGUGCUCGGCUUCCGUCGGUUUCCGAUCGGGCGAAUCUGCCCUACAUGCGCGCGCUGAUUGACGAAGUGCACAGGAUGUCAUCUUUCUCGCCGCUGGGCAUUCCGCGCAUGACAGCCCACAUUGUCGACAUCGACGGAUACAUAAUUCCCAAGGAGACGAUGGUGUUGACAUCAGUGUGGGACCUGCACAAAGACCCAGACAAGUGGCAGAACCCGGACAGUUUCGACCCGUCCAGAUUUCUCCUCAGCAACGGCCAAGUGAACGAGUCGAAACUGAGACAGCUACAAGCCUUCGGUCUUGGGCACCGCUCUUGCGUGGGUCGCCAGUUUGCCGAGUCUUCAGUCUUCCUCUACACGGCCUUCCUCCUGCAGCGCUUCUUCUUCAAGUCGCCAGAGGGCGCUCCUCCACCAAGCCUGGCUGAAGACCCGGGCGUAUUUCUGACACCCAAACCUUUCAAAGUCUGUGCUGUUAGAUGUAACUCAGAGUGAUUUAUUGUUAUGAUUGAAAACUGGAAGUAUGGAAAUAUUUAAUCCCAUUGUUAAAUCAGUCUCCCUUUUAAUGAUUUUAGCUUGUGAACUACACAGCUGCGAAUCUUUGUAAAACUUUGUCAGAGGGCUCUUCCGUGACGGGCUUUAGAUCUCCUGAGCAACUCUAGCGGCCUAGGGCACACAGACACACAGAUAGAAACACACAUACAUACAU